AUGCAACUUGAAAAAAAAACAAUGAAAUUUCUCAUACAAUCAUAUGCUAUAUUAGUAUCACCUAGUUUAGGUCAACCUGCUUGGAAACAUGGUCGAUCAGUUAAAUUAAAACAUAUGGAAAUUCAACAAUUACAAACUUCAUUACAAAAAGAAAUUGAUGCUAAACAACGAAUACAAGAAGAACUUAAAGAAUGUCAAGCUGAAAAUAUUCUUAAAGCUGAAGAAAAUCUUCGUUUAAAAGAAGAAAUUGAAAAACUUCAAAAACAAUUAACUUAUGAACAAUCAAAACAAUUAACUAAAUCACCUGUUACACAAAAUGAAUUAUCAACAUUUAUGAAUAAUACUUCAAUCGAUCGAUUUCUUCGAAAUGUUACUGCUGGUUUAUCGGAUUCACCAGCAUUAUUAAAUGAUACAAAUAAUGAUUUAUCUGUCACAUUUGAUGAUGGAAGUAGUGGUGGUGAUGAUUCAUCACGAACAAUGUCUGGAUCAAUUAAUAAAAAUCAAACAAUACGACCUCUAGUUCCAUUACGAAAUGAAUUACAUGAUUUUAUGAUAGCAAAUUUCCAUGUAACAGCUAUGUGUGAUGAUUGUCAAAAUGCAUUGAUUGGUAUUGUUCGACAAGGUUUUGUUUGUCAACGUUGUAAAUUAAUUUGUCAUCCGGAUUGUAUGGAAAAAAUUUCAACAUCAUGUCGACCAUCAAUUAAAGAUCGAAAUCGACCAAGUUUACUUGAUCAACAUAUUGUUCGCAUUCCAAAAGCAGGUGGUAUUAAAAAAGGUUGGAGUAAAUAUCAAUUAUUAAAUUUACAAACAAAAUUAUUAUUCUACGAAUUAUCAUCUGAUAAAGAUCAAAAAAUAACUUGGCCACAACCAGCAUUUAUAAUUGAUCUUACAGAUGAUGAAUUUACUGUUUCAUCAGUAACAUCAUCGGAUGCAUAUCAUGCAAAUAAAAAAGAUGUUUCAAGCAUAUUUAAAAUAAGUGUAUUAAAAGUAUCAUCACCAAAACAAUUUCAACAUACAUUAAUUUUAACAAAUAAUGAAUCAGAAAAAAAUCAAUAUGUUAAUAUGUUAUCAGAUCUUUCAAGUAAAGUUAAAACACUUAAACAAACUGGUUCUACUCGUGGUGCUAAUUUUAUUGCUAAAGAAUUAUUUGAUACAUCGAAAUGUUCAAGUUUAAAAGAAACAACAGCUGCUGUUAUUCUUGAUCAAGAUCGUAUAAUAGCUUGUGGUGAAGAUGGUCUUUAUUUACUUGAUAUUUCAAAAGAUACAUCAACAAAAUUAAGUGAUAAACGAGUUCAUCAAUUAUCUGUAAUUUCAAAUGGUGAAUUAUUAAUAACAUUAGCUGGAAAACAACGUACAAUACGUCUUCAAUCACUUAAAUCUUUAAUUGAACAUCCAUUAUCAUCAUUAGAUAAUAAAAUAAUUGAAACAAAAAAUUCUACAACAUUUGCUAUACAUUCAAUAUCAUUAAUAUUAUGUGUUGCUAUUAAAAAUCGUAUACUUGUUUAUCAAUUAUUUUCAACACCAAAACCAUAUCAUUAUUCAUUUAUAAGAGAAUUUAAUAUAAUACAAAAUGUAACAUAUUUAGAAAUAUUAACAAUUAAUAUAAAUCAAACAGAACAACAAAUAUUAUGGUAUGGAUAUCCAUCAACAUUUGUUGCACAAAGACUUGAUCAACAAUGUCCAAGUGUAUCAUUAUUACGAGAUGAAGAUCCAACAUUACAAUUUUUUCGAGAUAAACCUAUUGAAGCAUUACGUGUUGUACCUGUUACAAAUUCUUCAUCAAUUAACGAACUUUUACUCGUAUUUCGUGAAUUAGGAAUUUAUGUAAGUUGUUCAACAGGAAUGCGAACACGUCAUAGAGAAUUAAUGUGGACAGCAUUACCAAUAUCAACUGCUUUUUCUGAUCCAUAUUUACUUAUAUAUACUGAAAAAUCAGUUGAUAUAUAUGAUGUACCAUCAGCAACAUGGUUACAAUCAUUACCAUUAUCACGAACACGUUCAUUAACAUCUGAUGGUUGUAUUUGUUUAUCUCAUGAUUCUGAACUUCUUAAUCAUCAUUCAAAAUUACUUUAUCUUAUACAAAAAACAAAUUUAAAUCCAUUACUUAAUGUACCGGAACGUGCAUCAUCAAAAAGUUUAGCUACACGUGGUGGAAGAUUUCGUGUUGGUAGUAGUGUUGUUGGUACAAUUAAAUCGACAACAUCAUCAUCAAUAGCACCUAUAUCAGGACCAAAAGAUUUUACACAUAUAUCACAUUUAGGUAAAGGUGAAGGUUUACAAAUAAUAUCAGGUUUAAAACAAGUUAGUCCAACAAGUACACUUUCAUCAAUAAAUCAUAGUAAUAGUGGUUCAACAUUAAAUACAAAUAAUCGACGUUCACUUAUAUCUGGUCCACAAAAUUUUGUUCAUUUAACACAUAUUGGUCCAUCGGAUAUUUCAACAUUUGCAUCAGAUUUAUCAACAACAAAUACAACAACAAAUAAAGCUGUUAUAUCAGCACCAAUGAAUUUUCGUCAUCAAGUACAUAUUGGACAUAAUGAUGAAAUUGAUCAAUUAAAUAAUACUAAUAAUUCGAGAAAAGGCGUUAUAUAUGAACAACAAACGAACAGUGUCCCACUUAAACAACAACAACAACAACAGCAAGUGACUAGUAGUGGUAAUUCAACAUUAUCAUCUCAAUCUCUUUCAUUUAAAGAUGAAGAUGAUAGUGAUCAACCUCUUGAAUGA